AUUCAUUUCCACACUUGGUGAAGAUGUUCCCGCAUAAAUGGCAUCUGUCAGGGCAACAGGACGGCCUAUAGACUUAGUCAUCUCUCGCAAAAUGGAGAAAAAUAAUCGAAUCAAACUAUCAUUACUGAGCAUGCAUUUUCUAUGAUCAGAUUUUUCAAAACUCUAGAAUGAUGCUCCUGAUUGUGAUACUGGCCUUGACCUGCAUUGGAAGCUCCCUUGCGGUGGAAUGUGUUGAUAAAAAUCAGAACUGUUCAUCCUGGGCUGUUAACUGGGAGUGCAAGAAGAACCCCAACUUCAUGGACGUCAACUGUAGAAAGUCUUGUGGGAAAUGUGAUCAUGUACCAUGUGUCAAUAACAACAUCAACUGUUCAAUGUGGGCCGUUAAGGGAGAGUGCAAGGCCAACCCUAAAUAUAUGGCCAUUAAUUGUGGGAAAGCUUGUGGAAUAUGUGAUAAUGUGGAGUGUGUGAACAAAAAUGUCAGCUGUUCAAAGUGGGCUGUUAGGGGAGAGUGUAAGGCCAAUCCUGACUAUAUGGUCAACAACUGUAGGAAAGCUUGUGGAAUAUGUCCUGGCGUGGCGUGUGUCAAUAAAAAUGACAGCUGUUCCAAGUGGGCAGUUAAAGGAGAGUGUAAGGCCAAUCCUGACUAUAUGGUCAUUAACUGUAGGAAGGCUUGUGGGAUAUGUUCUGAUGUAGAGUGUGUCAACAAAAAUGAGAACUGUUCGAGGUGGGCCCUGAAAGGAGAAUGUACGACCAACCCUAACUUUAUGCUUGAUAACUGUAGGAAGGCUUGCGGGUUAUGUGCUGAAGUUGCAGGUCUCUCGUUUACAGCUGACGAUUACGUCAUCAACGAAUGUCUGCCACUUCAUCUCAAGUGUACUUUAACGGCUGAAGGUGAAAAAUUGAGUUCCUCACUGCAGUUCAUGUACAUCAAACAUGAUCAAGCAGGAGUUAUCGCCACUGUAGCCGAUGGUGCAACGAUAACCAUAAACCCAAAUGUCGGUUUAGGUCAAGCAAAAGGCGAGAUCUCCGAAAAGUUGGGUUCCUUUAUAGAGCUGGCAUGGAAAAACCCAACAAGGCAGCAGGCUGGAAGCUACUUGUGCUUGGCCCAGUUCAAGAAAGCAGACGGCAAGGAAGUUGUCUUGACCUCCAAUCUGAGUGUUGAAUUUGAACAAUGCUGUGACGAUGUGGGUGGGAACUAAAAGAGACUCGUUUGACCACAGUGUCAGUGUCAUGACCUUUGCCCUAUAUCUACUGGUGUUGGAAUAAAAUAAAUAAAUAAAGUUAUGGAUUCAACAA